AUGAGUUUCCAAAUGAAAAAACCUAGUGCAGUUUUAAAACACCUCAGUUCUAUUGUUGAGAACAAAGAAGCCGAAGACAAUACUUCUACAAAAUUAUCGCUUUGUGAAUUAUCUUCACAAAAAGAACAAAAGAAAAAAGAACAUAAUACUGCAUUUAAAGGUUAUGUUGAUGAUUCAAUUACAUCUGAAUAUAUGACUUAUGAACAACUUCAAACUUCAUUGAUUAAAAAGUCACCCAAAAAAACAGAAUCAAUAGAAGAAAAAAGCUUAAACCAGCCUACUAUAAGAAUGCUAGAAUAUCAAAAUGCAAAAAAAAAAGAAAUUAUAGACAAUAAGACAAUUAGAUGUACUACCAAAAUGAAUAAAAAUAGUUCAUCCAAGAAAGUGAUUUCUAUAUUAGAAAAAAAUGAAAUUCCAUAUAAUUCUCGAAGCACUGAAAAGAAUCACUGUGAUCCAAAUUUAUCAAAGGACAUUUUGCUUAGUGAUGAACAUAUUAAUGAACUCAAUGUUACAUCUAUCGGCAGUGUUGCAAAACUAGAAGCGCAUAUAAAAAGCUUAGAAAAAAUAGAGUAUGAAAUGUUGCAAAAAGUAUUUAACAUGUUUGUUAAUAUACCAGAAAAGUUGGCUAUUAAUAUACCCGGUCUUCGAGAUCCUUCAUCUUUGCCCCACCUUCAAAAAGUUCGGCAAAAAAUUAAAAAUAAAUUAAAAUUUGCUAAAGCACAAUUAAAAAGUCGACAAAAUAUGACAAAAGUUGAGAGCUCUUCUGUAAUUAACAAUAUUUUUGUUGCAUCUGAUAAUGAUGAAAAUCAUGUAAAUAGAAUCUCAGAAAAUAUAGUAAAAGAUGAGAAAUUAUGUUUUUCAAAAAAUUUGAACAAAAAUUCUCAAAAUAAACCAUUACUGACUCAAAAUAAAGCCAAACAAAUACCAUGUACUUUGACAUCUUUAAAAAAUAAUGUAGAAGAAAUUGAAUACGAGCCUGAUGUAAGCUUAAAUUUGUACAGUCAAAAAUCUACUUCUGAUACUCAAACAAUGAAUAAAAUACCAAAUGAUUGUACAAAUCGACCGAUUCAAACAGAUCAUAUAAAUACCAGUUAUAACAAAGAUCUAAAUUCAAGUACAAACUUGUCCAUGACUGAGUUUACCAAAACUGACUAUAGUUUUUCUUGGGAACUUUUAGCAGUAUUUAAAAAAACUUUUGGACUCCGACAUUUUCGCCCAAAUCAAUUUGAAGCAAUUAAUGCUGCUUUGCUUGGGCAUAAUUGUUUCAUUUUAAUGCCAACUGGUGGUGGAAAAUCAUUAUGCUACCAAUUGCCUGCAGUUAUAUCAAAAGGUAUAACUGUUGUGAUAUCACCAUUAAAAUCAUUGAUUAUUGACCAGACUCAAAAAUUAAAAUCUCUAGAUAUACCAGCAGCUCACUUAUUAAGUAGUAUUACCCCUGACGAAGAAAAUACAAUUUAUUCUGAACUAUGGGGGGCUGAUCCAGGAUUGAAAUUGCUGUAUGUUACUCCAGAAAAAGUUGCAGCAAGUAAUAAAUUAAUACAAGUUUUAAACAAUUUGCAUUGUAGGAAUUUACUAGCUCGGAUAGUUAUUGAUGAAGCUCACUGUGUGUCCCAAUGGGGUCAUGAUUUUCGACCAGACUACAAACGAUUAGGUGUAUUGAAACAAAAUUACCAAAAUGUUCCAAUAAUGGCACUAACGGCUACAGCAACUCAACGUGUUCGCCAAGAUGUUCUUUAUCAGCUUAAUAUUGAAGAAACAAAAUGGUUUGUAUCCAGUUUUAAUCGACCUAAUUUAGUUUAUGAGGUGAUCCCUAAAAAAGGUAAAUCUUCAUUAUUGGAAAUUGCCAAUCUAAUAAAAUCGAAAUUUGCACGUCAGUCCGGUAUAAUUUAUUGUAUGACAAAAAAAGAAUGUGAUAAUACCGCUAUUUUGAUGUCCAGAGAAGGAAUCAAAGCUGUUAGCUAUCAUGCUGGAUUAACAGAUAAGAAAAGAAAUGAUGUUCAAAUGCAAUGGACUUCUAAUAAAUCAAAUGUAGUUUGUGCCACUAUUGCUUUUGGCAUGGGUAUUGACAAGCCUGAUGUGCGUUAUGUUAUACAUUAUUCAUUACCACAAUCUAUUGAGGGUUUUUAUCAAGAAUCUGGUAGAGCUGGACGAGAUGGUGAUGUUGCAUACUGUUUGAUAUACUACAACUAUUCAGAUAUGCAUCGUAUCAAAAAACUCAUUGAAAUUGGAGGUGGGGCUACUUAUGAAACAAAAAAGGUACGUUUUCAUAAUCUCUGUAGAAUUGUAUCCUACUGUGAAAACAAAGUGGAUUGUCGUCGUGCCAUGCAACUUAACUAUUUUGAUGAACAAUUUGAUAAAGCCCAAUGCAUUGCUAAUGAGAAGACUACUUGUGACAAUUGCCGAAUAAAGCAUUCUAUAAAAAUAAUUGAUGUCACGGAAGAAAGCAUUAACCUAAUAAUGGCCGUUCAAGAAAUCUGCGGUUCAGGAAAUAAUUUUACAUUCACACAUUUUGUAGAUAUUUUCAAAGGAAAAAAAACUCAAAAAGUGGUAUUACAUGGUCAUGAAAAUUCUAAUAUAUUUGGAAAGGCCUUACACUGGGAUAGGGAUGAUAUAGAACGAUUAGUACACAAAUUAAUACUUGAAGGUUAUUUGAGAGAAGAAAUGGUUGCAUUUAAUUCAGAUAUUAUGAAUGCAUACAUUCGAAUAGGCCCUGAAGCUGAAAAACUUCUAACUGGAUUCUUUAAGUUAUCACUUGCAUUAAGUCCAAAAACAAAUUUGAUCGACAGUAAUAUUGUUAGUAUUAAAGAUAGUACUGUAAAUCCAAUUCUUGAAGAAAUAAAGGAAAAAUGCUACACAAAUCUAAUGGAAGUAUGCCGUGGCUUAGCUGAAUCUUUGGAUAUUAGUACAAAUGCCGUUAUGACUAUUCAAGCAAUUCGUUCAAUGUCACAAUUGAUGCCCAAUAAUGAAGAAGACAUGUUAAAAAUUGAUGGCGUUACAAAAUCUAAUUUUGAAAAAUUUGGUCAACCCCUAUUAGAAAUCACACAACAAGCAGCUGCAGAAAAGUCAGCAAUUAUAAGUACUGAAGUGAAUCAAGACAGCUAUAGCAAUAAUGGAUAUUGUCAAGGAAUUAACGUUGAUUCCCCAUAUUAUGAAGAUAUGGUCAACAGAAUGAUGGAAACUAACAAUUUAAGUGGAAGAAAACGUAAAACAACUUCUUUAACUAAUAAAAGAACCAAACGUUUUAAAAGGAGUAAAGGAAAAAAAAAGAAUAGUUCCAAAGGAACGUCUACUUCAAAAAUGGCAAAAAUACGUAGUGCUGCAAUUAAAUUGAGUGCUAAAUUACGUCCUACUAAGAAACCAGGAUUUUUACCAGUGCCAAAACAGGCUCCAACAAAAAAAUGA